CGGAAGAAAAAGAAAAAUACGAAAGAAAAGGCGCGCGCUGCACAACAGGACCAACCGUCGCUGGCUGUAGAUGUUUGUGUUGAGGUUUUGGUAAACACUUCCUGUCAGGACUUAAAAUUCAGCAGGAAAUAUAUGGAACCUAAAUUGAAAACUGAAACUGACGGACCAAUGGACAAAACUGUCGAGAAUAAUACAGACGACCACAAUGGGGAGAGCCAUCAACCUCGUAAUUUGCAAGUUGUUGCAAAGGGAGAGGAGUCACAUGCAACACAUUCUUUUAAGUGGGGCUUAACUGGCAAGACAUUCACAUCUGUUACCUGCAACAAAGCAGGAACUGUUGAGGACUCCCUGAAAAGAAGUUCGCAGUUUAAAGAAUUAGCAAAAAAGAACAAUGACAAAGACCUUGUUGUUGUUGCAGAUGGGAGAGCUAUCAGUUCACACUGUCCAUGCAGCUUAAUUAAAGAUGAAUGUUUAACUGUCAGUUAUGUUAAAACUAAAACGGUGGACAAGCAAAAGCAAAUUGGUAGUAAUGGAUCUGUUCGUCCACGUAGAAAGGCGUCAUCUUGUGAGCUUGUGAUGUUUCAUGUUCUUACAAUAGGAGGUAAAAAUGUUAUGAAAAUCCUGAGAACCCCAGCACUAAAAACAAUCGUUCAGGAAAUUACUGUUUAUGCAUACAAAGGUGAAAAGGUGAAGCAAGCUCUCAAAAGAGAUGGUCGAUUUCAGAAAACUAUAUUCAAAAAGAACUGUGCGCUCUCUCACACAGGCACUCACGUGACCACAGAAAUGUCCAAUCUCGUUGAUCAUCUCGAUGGUAAAACUUACAGGAUCAUACUGCUCAAUAAGGCUAAUCCACCAGAGAGUCUGCCAGGCAGUCUGGAUGAUGCUUACAUGAUGCCAAAUGAGUCUCAGAGAUCUGAAUCUGAUGAAAACCAAGAUCCUUCACAGCAGACUACCACAAGCAAGUCAGUGAAGAACAAAUUCCCUAAACAGGAACCAAAUCUAAAUGGCAAUACAGCACCAGAAGAAGUAAUACGUGAAAUACCCCACUCAGCGGUGAUGCAGAAUCAAUUGUCUUUACAGUUUAAACGUGUGGUGAAAGGGAGGAAAACAGUUUCUAAGCUUUCUCGUGUGCAGAAUCUCUUGCGGGUUGAGUAUGGGCAGAAUGUUCAGAUGUGCACAGAAGUUAAAACGAUGAAGAAGCUGAUGGAUCUUAGUAAUUCUGUUUGUCAUGUGAGAAUAAAAGGGAGCCCAGUCGGAAGUGGCUUUCUCCUAUUUGACAAGUUCGUCCUCACAAACGGCCAUGUAAUCAAAGACAUUUAUAAUGACAAUAGGCAGCUUGAUGUGGAGAUCACUGUCCAUUUCUCUUAUGAAAGUCUAGACCCGAGGGAGGAAGGACAAAAGUCAGGAGUAGUGAAAGUGGAAGAGGUCGCUGGCUUUGAAUAUUGUCCCGAUGUGUCAGGGCACAUGUAUGACUGGGCUCUGUUAAGGCUCAGUGCUGAUCAGAAGCUGCCUGACGGUCUGUUAAAACACUUUGGAUUCCUUCCCCAAGGCGGUGGAGUUUGUAUCAUUGGGCAUCCUUAUGGUGGUGUGAAAAAAAUAGAUCCAUGUGUGAUUAUUCCACCUGAUAACCGUAACCAGGUUGUGGAGAAGAGUUACCAUGAAAAUCAAGGGCCCAUUCAUUUAGUUACUCGUCAGUUCUUUGAGGGAGUGGCAGAGUAUGUUCAACAUAACAGUGAGGUUCUAACUUACCAGUCUUGUUUUUAUCAUGGCUCAUCUGGCUCUCCUGUCUUUGAUAAGUACUGUAGAGUUGUUGCAAUGCAUUCAGGGGGAUUUACCUACCCCGAUGCAAGAGGUGACAUGAAGAGCGUAAUUGAGUUUGGCUAUCGUUUGUCUGACACUAUUGAACACAUCAUUGUCCAGCUGGUGGAAAGAGGAAGCCUUGAUGUGUUGAAGGCCUACCUCGCUUGCAGUUAUCCGCACCACCAGGACAUGAUGAGCAGAGUGAAGAAACUGGUCGAGAGCAGAAACCUCACGGUAUUUAGAAAUACAGUCAAAAACUCAGAGGCCACAAAUGAUGAGAGUUUGAAGAAGUUUUUUGAUUUCUUCUCUCAGAAAGAGGAACCUGUCCCGAUGGACAUUAGUGACGUGUAAACAGACACUGUUAACUACUGACAAGAAGAUACAGUCACAGCAGCUUCAGCAGAGAGCAACAAUAGCUUUCAUGUCUCUUUUCAUACCUGUAUAUCUGGAUAUUUUAUUAUAAGGCUUGCAGGGAUUGGUGGAGAGAUCUGAUACAAAACUUAAAUAUCCACAAUAACUUUUUGGAUAAAGGGAGCUGUGUUUUCUCAUAGUAACUUUUAGCCAGACGUUGGUAACUUUAACUGUUUGUUUUUGUUGAUGCUGUACUUUUCAUGUUAAAAAACAAGUGAUUAUGGUAUCUUGUUUUUUAAACUGUCAUGAUGAGCCACAAAAAUCCAUCAUUAUCUACAUUAUCUAAAUUCUUCCACUUGUACUGUGUCGUUGGACUUUGAGAUUUUGAUUUAAUUUUUGUUUUUACAUUUAAGAACAAUAGAGUUAUACUGGAUAUUGUAUUUCCUUAUGCUGUAUGUUGAUUGCUGUUUUGAAUUUCUUGAAGUGAGAAUUUCAAGGGAUCUCAUCUGGUUAAAAUUAGCUAAUUUUUUUUGUAUUUUAUUACUCUGUAAGAAAUCAAUAAUGAUGACUGUCUGAUGUUCAAUUAAGUAUUUUUUUUCAUGUUUGGAUUUUUGGUCUGUUUUUUAUAUAUUCAUUUCUUUUAUACAUAAAAUUACAAAUAUAUGAAUGAGAGGUUAAAUGAAGCAAACAAGCAAUCAACUGUCAAAAAAUGCCCAAAAUAAAUUACUUGGAUCUGUUUGUAAAGCUCAAAACAGUCCUUGCUUUUCUCUUCUUGGAACCAAUAAUAAUUGCAUAUGAUAUUAUCUGAUAUUAUAGCUAUAGAUAAAUGGACAGGGGUGGCACUACUCCUUUAAUUACACCAUCACCAUGUUUACUGAUACCUAGAAAUGUUUUUGGAACAACUGUCACCUGUCACACUUGAAAUACAGGUUUUCUUUCUUCCUGGUUCUUGGUUUGUGCUUUCCUGCAGUGAGUCGGUUUGAACAUUAGGUGGAGAUAUUUUGACAGGUCGCUGCUUUCCAUCCUCAGUUUCCACAAUGUCAUGUCUUUCCUCCGGUCCACAUUUAUAAAAUCCCAAAGCUGCCUGAAACAAGGAGAAGGCAGCACUAACCAAACAUAACAGAUGAGUGUCGGACUGACAGGUAGGUCACAACCAGUCCGACACAAGCAAAUCUACAGAAAACAAUGGGGAUGAGGAACAGGACAUUAGUGACGUGUAAACAGACACUGUUAACUACUGACAAGAAGAUAAAGUCACAGCGGUUUCAGCAGAGAGCAACAAUAGCUUUCAUGUCUCUUUUCAUACCGGUAUAUCUGGAUAUUUAUGUUGUUAAACACCUACGGCAUGCAGGGAUUGGUGGAGGGAUCUGAUACAAAACUUAAAUAGCCACAAUAACUUUUUGGAUAAAGGGAGCUGUGUUUUCUCACAUUGGUAACUCUAA